AUGGUGAACCUCGGGGACAUGUUUCCUAACUUCACUGUCGAGACCACGAUGGGCACCUUAGACCUUCACGAAUUCUUUAUGAACAGCUGGGGCAUCCUGUUCUCGCAUCCAUCGGAUUUCACCCCGGUGUGCACCACCGAGCUGGGCGCAAUGGCGAAGAUCCACUCCGACUUCGAGAAGCACAACAUCCGCGUCAUCGCCCUAUCUUGCAACUCUCUCGAGUCACAUAAGAUGUGGAUCAAGGACAUCAUCGCGUUCAACGACCUGCGCAUGAACAACCUGCCAUUUCCCAUUAUAUCGGACGAGAAACGCGAGCUGGCCGUGCAACUUGGCAUGCUGGAUCCCAUCGACAAGGACACCGAGGGCAUACCUCUUACAUGCAGGGCGGUGUUCAUCAUCGCACCUGACAAGAAACUGAAGCUCUCUAUGCUGUAUCCAGCCACCAGUGGCAGAAACUUUCCAGAAUUGUUUCGAGCGGUGGCAUCCCUGAAGCUCACGGAGGAGAAGAAGGUGGCUACCCCGGCCAAUUGGAUGCCGGGUGAGCCGUGCAUGGUGAUUCCGAGCGUGAAAGACGAAGAGAUCCCACUGCUGUUCCCCAAGGGCGUGACAUCCUACAAUGUGCCAUCGGGCAGAAAGUACAUCCGUGUCACCCCCCAGCCUGAUCCAUGACUUGGCUGUGGACGGGCGCACCAUUUACUGCAUCACAGGCACCAUGUUACUGCAUCAACUCACAGGGAACAUUCCCGAACGCUUAGACAACUUCACAUAGCCAAUCCUGUAGUAUGCACACUGCUUACUUCAUGGGCUUGCUUCAAAUUGUACCCGCGCUGAAA